CCCCCCCCCCCGUCGCCUCCCCCUUCCGUCCCCAGGCGCCGUCCCGGGCCCCCGCGAUGGCAGCAUGCCGCUGGCGGUGAGGUGGCCCUUCCCCGCGGGGCCGCCCCUGCCCUGGGCCCUGGCCAGCCGCCUCGUCACCGGCCUGGUGGGCACCUACAGCUGCGUCUGGACCCGGUACCUGAACCGGCUGCGGGUGCACAACGCCGAGGUGCUGCACGAGCUGGUGGAGCGCCGGGGGCCCCGCACCCCGCUCCUCACCCUCUCCAACCACCAGUCCUGCAUGGACGACCCCCACCUCUGGGGUUCCCUGAAGCUGCGGCACGUCUGGAGCCUGCACAAGAUGCGGUGGACCCCCACAGCCGCUGACAUCUGCUUCACCCGGGAGCUGCACUCACGCUUCUUCAGCCUGGGCCGCUGCGUCCCCGUCUGCCGGGGUGGGCGGGGGGCAACUGGGAGGCGCUGGGGGCAACUGGGCGGCGGGGGUGCGGGGCCGAAGGAGGGAUCCUCAUCUGUACUGGGGGCGUCCCCGUUUGAACUGGGGGGGGACGGCGUGUACCAGCGAGGGAUGGACUUCAUCUUGGAGAAGCUCAACCAGGGGGACUGGGUGCACGUCUUCCCUGAGGGCAAAGUGAAUAUGGGGCAGGAGUUCGUGCGCUUCAAGUGGGGCAUCGGGCGCCUCCUGGCCGAGUGCCGCCUCGACCCAGUCAUCCUGCCCCUGUGGCACGGGGGCAUGAACGACGUCCUGCCCAACACCCCCCCGUACGUGCCCCGUGUGGGGCAGCGGAUCACGGUGGUUGUGGGGCGACCCUUCAGUGUCCGGCCCCUCCUGGAGCGGCUCCGGGCCGAGGGCAUGUCGACGGUGGAGAUACGAAAGGCGCUGACGGAUUUCGUGCAGAGGGAGUUCGAAGUGCUGCGGGGCCAGGCCCGGGCCCUGCACCCCACCCCAUAGCGUGUGGGGUGCCCCACGGACAGACAGACUGCCCCGCCCAUGGCGGGACCUGCCCCAUGGUGAGACUGCCCCACGGCACGACAGCCCCACAGCUGUCCCUGCAGCCUCGCGGGCCCCACAGACGGACAGACUGUCCCACGGCGCAACGGCCCCACAGCCACCCCCGCAGCACCAUGGGGCGCUGGCGGAAGGACAGACGGAUGGACAGACAAGCUGCCCCACGGCAUGCCCCCGCUCCCGUGCACGGUGCCAAUAAAGGUGGU